AAAUAAAGUCUAUUGUAGACCCCGUUGGUUUUCUAUACACUUUGAAAUUGAGAAUAAUUAUUGAAGCUAAACGACAGAAGCUAAUACAAUGAUUUGAUUAUAACUUUGAAAUUGAGAAGUGAGAACAAUUAUUGUUGUUUUAAAUGAAUCACUCAUUGUAUACUUUCUCAAAUAUUACAAUUAUUCUCUUGAUGCUUCUCACUAUAGUUUCAAGGAAGAGGAAUAUUGUUAUCUCGAUCUGUUGAAAAACAAGAUGGGUGAAAGGAAUUAAGAAGAUUGUUCACAAGAGUGCGCAUGAGCUGAAAUUAGUUAUUUGUAAAUCUGUUGAAAAUCAUAGAUUGGUGAAGGAAAAAGAUUGUUCACAAUACUUGAGCAUGAGCUUAAAGUAGUUGUUUGUAAAUCUAUUGGAUAUCAAGGUUGGUAAAGAAAGAAGACUGUUUAUAAGACUUGAGCAUGAGCUGAAAGUAGUUAUUGGUAAAUCUAUUGGAAAUCAAGAUUGGUGAAAGGAAGAAGAUUGUUUUCAAGAGUGAGUAUGAGCUGAAAGUAGUUAUUCGUAAAUCAGGUGGAAAUCAAAGAUUGGUGACGGAAGGAGACUGUUCACAAGACUUGAGCAUGAGCUGAAAGUAUAUUGGAAAUUAAGAUUGUUCAUACUACUAUCCAUAUUACUUUAUUCUCUCUGCUGAUUGCAAAAAAGAAGAAGAUUGUUUACAAGACUUCAGAAUGUCAGACAGUGGUUAUUCGUAAUUCUUUUGGAAAACAUAUUCAAGAUUGGUGAAUGGAAGAAGAUUGAGCAUGCUUUGAUAGUGGUUAUUUGUAAACCUGUUGGAAAGCAAGAUGGAAAGUUGCUUAGCUGAUUUGGGAAAGGGCUAUGUGGAGAAAUUGAUAAAUGGGGCAUUAUCAGAAUUACGUUAUGUAUUUUGCUUCACACGCACUGCUAAUGAAUUCAAAGAAAAAAAAAAUUGGUUGGAAGCAAAAAUAAAAACAAUGGAGCAACAUGCUAAAGUGGCAGCAGGACAUGAUAAUGAUAUUGAAGCUGAUUAUCAAUUAUGGAAAGAGAAAGCUGAAAAGCUCGUUCAAGAGGACAUCCAAACAAAACAAAAAUGCUUUUUUGGAUUAUGUCAUGAUUGCAUAUGGCGAUAUAAAAAGGGAAAGGAGCUGGCAAAUAACAUCGUGGAGAUUAAACAAUUAAUAGAAAAGGCAGAGAAGUUUGUAAAUAUUGAAGUCGAUCGUUGUCUUCCUGAUGCUGAACGUCAUUCGUCUAAAAAUUACCUUUCUUUUGAAAGUAGAGAGUCAAAAUACAAAGAGUUGCUGGAUGCACUAAAAGAUGACAACAACUAUAUAGUCGUAUUACAAGGGAUGGGUGGUAUCGGAAAAACAACAUUGGCCCUCAAAGUUGUUAAAGAAAUAAAGGUAUUAGCACAAUUCACUCAUGUCAUUAAUACAACAGUGUCGUUUACUCCUAAUAUAAAAAAAAUUCAAGAUGAUAUUGCUGGACCUUUAGGAAUGAAUUUGAAGGACUGUAGUGACUCAGACCGAUCAUCAAAACUGUGGAGCAGAUUAACAACUGGUGUGGAUGGGGAAAAAGUUCUUCUAAUAAUGGAUGAUGUGUGGAUUCAAGACCCACCUCUUGAUUUUGAUCUAAUUGGAAUUCCAAAACAAGGCAGUCAGAAUUGUUGCAGAGUUCUUAUAACCACACGGAGUAAACAAAUAUUCCAUAAAAUGGAUUGUGACAAGAUGAUUGAAUUGGAGCUCUUACUUGAAGAAGAAGCAUGGGCCAUGUUCAAAAUGUAUGUCGGUCCCUUUACAGAAAGUUUGAUCUCCACGGGACGUGAAAUUGCUCAGGAAUGCAAACAAUUACCGGUUGCAGUUGCCGUUAUCGCCAGAAGUUUAAAGGGUCCACAAGAUCGUAAGCACAAGUGGGAUGCUACCUUAAAAUCCUUGAAGGAAAUUGUGUCCAUGGACAAUGUUGAUGAAGAAAAGGUUGGAAUUUAUAAAUGUUUGAAGUCUAGCUAUGAUGGUAUGAAGGAUGGAAAAGCCAAAGGAUUGUUUCUCUUAUCAUCAGUAUUCCCAGAAGAUAAACAAAUUCCUUUUGAAAUUCUAACUAGACUUGGCAUUGGAACAGGCCUUUUUGGGAAGAAUUAUGGAAGCUACAAUGAUGCUCGAAACCAAGUAGUUGUAGCCAUAGAUAAACUCAUAGAUUCAUGUUUGUUGGUGUGGGUCGAUAAAGAACAUGUAAAAAUGCAUGAUUUGGUUCGUGAAGCGGCUCAAUGGAUGGCAUACAAAGAGAUUCGACAUGUAAAUUUGUCGAACAAAAAUGAAAAAUCAUCCGUUCAAAAGGAAAAAAAUAUGAAAUAUUUAUUUUGUGGAGGGAAGGACAUGGAUUUGUUUUCUUGGAACUAUGAUGGUUCCAAACUUGAGACUCUAAUUCUCGAUGUGGAAAUGAAUGAAGACGAUAAAUGUAUGGAAGCCCCAAAUUCUUUCUUUGAAAAUAUUGACCAGCUUCAAGUUUUGUACUUUUCAAGUCAUGACAAACGACCCUUAUCAUUGCCAGAUUCAAUUCACUCAUUGUCAAAUAUUCGAUCUAUAUUGGUUGAUAGAGUUGAUUUAGGGGACAUCUCUGUUUUGGGAAAUCUGCAUAAUCUUGAGACUCUUGAUUUGGUUAAAUGCAUAAUCGAUGAAUUACCAAACGAAAUUUCAAAAUUGGGGAAAUUUAAAUUGUUAAACUUGAAAAGAUGUGAAAUUAGAAGGAAUGAUCCAUUUGAGGUUAUUAAAAGAUGCUCAACACUUGAAGAGUUGUACUUCAGAUAUAGUUUUAAUGAAUUUUGUCAAGAAAUUACCUUACCCGAAUUGCAAAGGUAUCAUAUCUGUAAUAGGUUUACAUUGCUUCCUGAUUCACUAUCAAAAUAUGUGUCUUUUGAAGUAGUUGAUGGCAAUGAAUGUUUUUUUUCAAAACAAACACUCAAGUGUUUAAUGCAAACAACAGAGGGUCUUCUACUAGAGGGAGUUGAGGUGGAAUGGAGAGAUCUCAUGCCUGAGAUUGUUCCUAUAGAUCAGGGUAUGAAAGAUCUUGUUGAGCUUCGUCUGAAGUGUAUUUCACAGUUACAGUGCCUCGUCGACACUAAUGGUUAUCAAUUUCCAGAGGUAUUGCCCAACUUGGUUGUGUUAGAUCUGGAUAAUAUGGAAAAUUUGGAAGUAUUAUUCCAUGGUUCUCUUUCUUUUGACUCUUUAAAGAAUUUGGAGAAGGUAUCAAUAAAAAAGUGUAAAAAGCUUCGAAUAUUGUUCAAUUGCAACCUAAAUCUCUGCAAUCUAAAGACUUUGUCACUGUCGGAUUGCCCAUUGUUGGUUAACCUCUUUCCACUGUUAACUUCUCAGAGCCUGGUGCUGCUAGAGGAAUUCAAGAUAGCAGAUUGUAAGGGAUUGAAAAACAUAGUAAUAGACGACGGUGAUAACAAUGACAAGAGUCAUGGUCCAAUGUUUCCAAAACUAAGAGUUCUUUCUAUUGUAAGAUGUGAUCAAUUAGAAUCAAUAUUUCCUUUCCUCUCUUUUGAAGACUUUCCAGUACUAGAAGAUAUCUACAUAAGAAAAUGUGAUAAGCUAAAAUAUAUAUUUGGAAAAUAUCAACAUGUUGAACUCAAUGCAUUGAAAGAAAUAAAGCUUGUUGAAUUACCAAAUUUGAUGGGUAUUUUUCCAGAAUAUUCCCAUUCCAUGUCUAUGCUCGUGAAUGAGUCAUCUUCAGCUUCUAGAGAUGGUUCCAAGGCAAAAACAGAAGUUGACCCUGUCAAAGACAACAUCUUAUCUUUGAGUUGUUUAUGUUGUCAUGGUAAUAACUAUAGAGAAAAAUCUGGGAGUAAGUCAACUACAAAAGUUCCAUCGGUUAAUGAGGAUCCUGUGCAGAACAAUUCAUCAGCACCAGUAUCAAGCUCACACGACCGUCUUCAAAUAUGGGAACAUGCACAAUGUUUUCAAGUACGAUGGCUUAACUUGUGUAAUGUAAAAAAAAUUUUACUUUAUGGUAUUUUGAAGAUCAAAUCUGUGUUCAUCCUUUCUAUUACUCCAAGAAUGAUGUUGGAAGCUUUGAUUAUUUCGAGUUGUGAUGAUUUGAAGCACAUAAUAGUAGACAUUGGAGAUGAUGACAGUGGUGGCAAAAAUUGGGGCGAUGUCUUCCCAAAAUUGAGAAACCUUGAAGUAAAUCAUUGCAACAAAUUGGAAUACAUAUUUGGACACCAAACUGAUGAGGAUCAAAACCAUACUAAGAUUCACCUUAAUCUUCCAACAUUGCAAUAUCUUGAUCUUUACAAUCUGCCAAGUUUAAUUGCCAUAUGUGUCAAACAAUACUGUACAACAUUUCCACUUUUGAAAUAUCUCAAAUUUCAUUCCUCCAAUGUCGCUAUCAAAUCUAUUGGUGAAGUCAUUGUUAGUCCUUCUGAUUCAGAAUCUCUGGACAUUAUAACCAAGGAGGAAUUGAGUGGCAGCAUGGACCAUUUUAUUACUUUAGAAAGUCUCUUGGUAUAUCAAUCCAAAGCAGAAAAUAUCCUCUGUCUCAAUGGAACAGAAGGACAACCAAUCAACUUGCGGUUUGAAGAUAUUGAGUUAUAUGAUGGGAAUGGUGUAAUAAGCCUUUUUGUGGGUCCCAAAAAUUCUUUUGCCCUACCAAACCUUACAGCGAUAACACUCAAUGGAUGUGAAGUACUGGAAAUAGUUUUCUCCAAUUCCAUUUCAACAUGCCUACCACAAUUGCGUAAACUAACAAUAAUAGUAUGCAAUAAGUUGAAGCAUAUCAUUCAAGAUGACGACGCGUCAAAUUCUUUGUCUUCAAGGACAUUCUUUCCAAAGCUAGAAAGACUUUGGGUACAAGAGUGUCACAAAUUGAAAUGUGUCUUCCCGGUCUCCAUAUGCAAAAAACUUCCUAAGUUAGAGACUUUGAUGAUAAGUGAAGCAGAUGAGCUUGAAGAAAUAUUCAAGAGCAACGGUGACCAGAAAGUGGAGAUCCCAAAUCUAGACACUGUAGUAUUUGAUGACCUACCAAACCUCUUCGAUGCCCAAGGAAGUCAUUUUCAAUUGGUAAAAAAACGUAAAGUACAAAAUUGUCCAAAACUCCCCUCUUUGACUUCAGCCUCGGAUAUCUCAGAUCUUGAAAUAAAGAUAUAUUUGGAUACUAAAUUUAGGGAAGCUCAACGUAACAGUAAUGAGAAUCCAAGUGCAGAAACUACAAAAGAUAGUGUUGGGAUUGAAGUUGAAGCAACAUUAGGAGACGAGAUGACUUCUUCACAGAAGUUGCAGAUUGAACCAUCCACAAGUCAACAAGAUCCCAUAAAUCAACAAGAUCCACUUGAAGAAAUCGAUACUGCCAUCAAACCUUCUCAGUGCGUGAAAGAAAUAAAUGACCAAAGUAUUCAAGAAGACUAUAUGUCAGAUAAAAUUGUGGCAGCAACCAUUUCUGAAAUAACGAAUGAGCCACCUAUACAAUUAGUUUCUCGUAAACUAAAGGGUGUUGAAGAAUGGGCUGCAUUAAGAAAUGCCAAGACAAUAACAACCUCAACUAAUUCAGAAUUAGUCGGUUCAUCACAAAUGAGUGAACAAGAUGUUGUUGUUAGGGAUUCUCUAGAAGCUGUUAAACUUGAUGAUGAUAAAGAUUUUCAAAGUGCUGAAACCAACAAAGAUAUUGAUGUCAGUGUUGAGGUCGAAGUUGGAGCAGCAUCAAGACACGAGUUGACUUCUUCACAGCAGUCCGAGAAAGAACAACAAACAAGUCAACAAUAUCUAAUAAGCGAACAAAAUCCACUUGGAGAAAUCGAUAAUACUGUCAAUCUUUCUCAGCGUUUGGAAGAAACAAAUUAUCAAAGUAUCAAAGAGGAAUCUCCUAAACUAAAGGGUGUUGAAGAAGGAAUUGCAUUAACAAAUGCGAAGACAGAAACAACCUCAACUCAUUUGGAAUUAGUCGGUUCAUCACAAGUGAAAGAAGAAGGUGAUAGCCAAAUAGUCUUGAAUUCUAUUUCCAUUGCAACGAGAGAGACCAAUGAUAAAGUUUCUUUAAAUGAUGAUGUUGCCGGGAAAGUAACCUCGAUUGAACACCAAUUUUCAAAGGAAGAUGAUAUAAUAGUUUCAAAAGAAAGUCCCUUUUCUAUUGCAUCUAAAGGGGACCCUUCUCAAAAAGUAGAGGAGUUAAGUUCUUCUUUGCUUGUCACAAGGGAGCUUGAGCAACUAGUCUCCAAGAAGUAUCUGGAUAAUGAGAACUUGUCUUUGUUGAUUGAUUUCCUUGCUAAGCAUCCUUCUGUUCUUUUAAAGGACAAUUCACUUAGUAAUAGAUACAAGGGUUAUGCCUACACCUGCCUAGCCGAGCUAUUGAAAUUUCUCCAAAGCCAUAGUGUAUUGGAUGUGUCAGUGUCAGGUGCAAGCCACUUCGAAUUUGUUGAAUUAUUACAAGAUGUACGCAGAUUUCCUUUUGAUAAGGAAUGGUUGAAUGAUGUCGAAAAGCGCAUUUUGUUUCCUGGUUUACAAAUCUCUCAAGCUGCAUUGCAAAAGUUGUUGGACUCAAAGCACAUCUUGAAUGAACAUGUGAAGGAUCUGAAGCAACAAUUGACUUCCUCUGAAGCUGUUUUGGAGAGUAUCACUCAACAAGAGACACAAAUUUUAGAAACUCAGGCUGCUUUAAGUCAUCCUAUCGGCUAUUAAGCUAUUUCCUACAUUUCUUCAAUGCCAAAAUUACUGUUGGAGCUUUUAUUGAUUUGGUUAUUUGCGUUUAAAUCAUUGUUUGAAUCAUUGUCGUAUCUCUGCACUCUUUUUUCCUUCAUCAAGGUUUUAUCCCACAUGGUUUUACUUGAUAAGAUUUAUAAUGAGGCAGAAAGUUAUCUUAGAUUGAGUUUUGUAUCUUUCUUAUUUCAUUUUUAUUAAUAUAUUUCAUCAUACUUUUCAGAUAUUAUUUUUGGAUGUCAAUCUAAUAGGAAUGUCUUAGUCAUUACCUUUUUAAUCUUUUGUUGAAAAAUAAAAACUAAAUUAUUUUGAACAUUCUCAGGCUAACUUUUUUGCUGUUAUAACAUCUAUAAUUUAUUUUAACUUCUUUUUAUAUCAAUGGCCAAGUGAAAAUUGGAGUAUGAGCUGACUUUGAAAUUGUACUAAACUCAUUUAUAUACACUAGCAAAAAAUUCUUUAGAAUAUAUACAAAUGUAUACAUCACUAAUAUUGUAGUACUUAAUGACCUACCAAGCCUCUUCCACAAUCAGGGAAUUCUAUUUCAGGCGGCAAAAAAUCGUUUAGUACGAAAUUGUCAAAAUCUUUCUU